CAAUAGAGAGCGGCGAAGACACAGUUUAUAAAUGGCUAUUUAUAUUAGCCUUUGUUUCUAUGUAGGCCAGUAUGGCCUAAUAAUUAGGCUAGACUAAGCCUAAGUGACAUGUCGAACCGGACCAUUACAACUAACGAAUCCAUGGGGAUCAUGGGUUGCUGAUUCUAGACAAUUCGACUAUUGAGACAACUUUCCUGUCUGUCUCCUCUCUGUCUGUCGGCCCUACGUGCGUGUGUUUGCGUGUGUCCACACACACGCACCCUCACACGCAUACACGCACACGCACGCGCGAGGCAGGUAAAGCCAAGAAGCAGGAGAAGGGGAUAACAAGGAGAAUGUUGCUCUAAGAGGAUUAUCACGAUCGGUCUUGUCAACGGAUGCCUGGUUUACCGGUUGGAGAACAGCGCACCGGAAUAACCUACCGAGUAUGACCGGGCGAUGAAACGGGUCAUACUCGCUCUGGUUGUUUCUGAUAUGAAAACCCGACCUGCGGGGAUCGGCAAUACCAAUGCCGACUGGAUGGGUUCGCUCCCCUCCAAGCUCAGUGCCAUGCCCCUCAAACACCUCGCCGUGCCAGGGUCUCAUGAUUCGUUUACCUACUGGGUUGAUGUGCAUGCUCCUGUGGGCCCCGACCAGAAGGUGUAUGUGAAGUACCUCGCCACCAUGUUCAGCGUCUUAGCCAAGAAAGUCAUGGUGAAGUGGUCAAUGACCCAGAACCUGACAUUUAAAGAGCAGUUGGAGGCAGGAAUUCGCUACUUUGAUCUCCGGGUCUCCUCCAAACCAGGAGAGUCUGGAAAUGAGAUCUACUUCAUCCACGGCCUGUUUGGCCACAAGCUGAUGUCAGUAUGGGAUGGAGGUGGCCUUGAACAGGGAUCGAAGGUUGUGAGUUUAGUUGUGUGCGAUGGCUUGUUAGAAAUCAACACCUUCUUAAACCGGCACAGGAAAGAGGUAGUGUUUCUUGACUUCAACCACUACUAUGCAAUGGGAGCAGAGCAUCAUGUGUACCUUAUCAACAUGCUCAAGCAAGUGUUUGGCCGCAAGCUCUGCAACAACUGUGCAGUAGAGAGCAUCACUUUGGACUACCUCUGGCAAAACAAAUACCAGGUGAUUGUGUUCUACCAUCAUCCAUCGGCUCAGGGCAUUCCUGUCAUGUGGCCCGGAAACAAGAUCCCCGCUCCCUGGGCGAACACCACCCAACCCAACAAGCUCACACAGUUCCUGGAAACUACACUACGGGAAAGGGCCAAGCAGGGCUCCUUCCACGUGUCUCAGGCCAUCCUCACACCCAAGGCCAACACCGUGGCCAAAGGCCUGGUCUGGGGGCUACGCAGCUACCUGGUGGAAAGAAACCUGCCAACCAUCAUGUCCUGGGUUGAGGCUCAGAGGCCGGGGCAGGAGGGGGUCAACAUCAUCACCUCUGACUUUGUGGAGCUCACCGACUUCGCCAACAUAGUCAUCAAACUCAACAACCUGCUGUUGUCUGAACAGGACCGCAGGCCGAGAUGACACAUAUUAUUUGCACAACAGGACAAAUGUGUGUGGACCCCGCGGUGUGGCUGUUGGAUAUAUAGUUGUUCCAUAAUGCUCCAUUAUUUUCAAUAAUAAUGUGUGCUUUGUUUUUUUAUUUUUUAUUUUUUCAUCAGCUAGCAAAUAGAUGCUUCUUUUGCCGACAAGGCAUCGUUGCCUUGCUCACAGGUCGCCAUGCUCACAGGUCGCCAUGCAUAAAAAGACUCCCAGCUCCUUGUGACCUGGACAAUGAUCGAAAGACUCACUUAUAUGGUUUAACUUCUCAAAUAUUACAAUCCUUGUCCUUUUGUUUUUUUACAUGUUCUGAUCACAUUACAUAUUUCUUUUGUUUUUCGAAAUAUUGUUGUCAUAGGUAUUUAAGCCAUCGACUGCAUUGGAACACAUCAGGUAUUGGAAUGCGAACUGAUCUUGUUUACAUAACACAAAUAUAUUCAACAUUAUGUGAGAGGAUUGUAAAGGACAUAAUGGAAGUGGAUUAAUUUACAUUGCAAUCACUAUUGUUAACACCUAGCCAGUAUUCUGAAGUUGGGUUUAAAACUAUGCACUUGGUGUUGUUACAGUAGUCAAAAGUGUAGUAUUUUUUGUUUCUAUGUUAAGCAAUGCCACACGUUAUGAAAAAGUAGCUCACUGUGCCAACACUGUCUUGGUACAUAUCAUUUUGGGCUAUAAAGUUUAUGUAAACAGUGGCACUUUUAAGGAGGGCGGGGGGGUCGCAGUGGAACUUGUGCCACAAUACUCAUAAAAUGUGCAUCCAUACAGCUUUAGCUUAAAUGCUUUUUAUUAGUACGUUUUUAACUACAGAUGCUGGAAUGGAAACAAUUUCCUCAGACAGAAAAAGUAUGGAGGGGAAAUGCAUAGAAGAGCACUCCAGUAUACAACAUAUGACCACGUCCAGCAUGUGUGUCAAGUCUGCAUCGGCUCCAUAAGGCACACUCUACUCAUGUAGAAAUAGCAAGGGGAAAUGCCUCUGUGUUUUGUGUGUGUGCUCGGUGGACCCUGUGAUUAUGCAUGACAUGGAGAGUAUACUGCAGUGACAGUCGCCAUGCAUUCCUGUGGUCAGAGUAGGCAAGGAGAGGAGGAGGAGAGGCGGACUGCAGAAGAGGAGGCACAGGGAUUUACAAAGCCGAGGCAGUAAGACGCCAGAGAGCAAAGUAAGAAGAAAUGGAGGCUGCAGAAAGAGAUAUCUGAACAGCUGUUUUUCCCCCUUUCAGCAGCAGCAUCUAACAGAAAAGUAAAAUGUUUUCUUUUCAUAUCAAGUCUGCCCUUCUUUUUUUUCACUCCCUGACUCACUAGUGUGAAAUAGCCUGUUCUGUCCAGGCCACAUUGUUGACAUGGUUAGUGGUCACCAAGCGCUGCAAGUCUCGCUCACACACAAACACACACACACACACACACGCAUAGGCACUUUAAUUGUGGAGUAAUUACACAUACCAUGGCAGGCAAGUGGGAGAGCAGAGAGCAGCAGCUCUAACUGAUGGAGAGCAUUCCUUUUGUUGUUUGGAUUGGUCCUCUCUCUCCCUCUCUUACUCUUUCACUCCUCUGUAUCCCUGCUGGCUUCCCAGAUUUUAAAGGAGAGGACGACAACUCAAGCAUGAUCCCCCAAUAAAGUCCUGAAUUAAUCAUACUGCAUUUGUGUGUUUUGCCAACCAAGAGUCUGUUAUUCUAUGAAUAGUCUUU